GGUAGCACGGAUUGCUAAAACACCUGUUCGCGGUUCUGAUAAAAGUGUGCUAAACUCGGUGAUGUGAUGUCAGUUUGUCCGAGCCGCACGUGAAGGCGUCACAGUCUCCAGCGGUGUCUGCUUCAGAGGAGUGAAGAAGCCGCAGCUUCUCUGCUCCCCCCGCCUCCUCCGUGUUUUUCUCCUGGGAAAUAUAGAUAAGCACGUCUAUAGAGCUCCUCACAACCGUGUCCUGUCAGAGGGAAGAAGAAGAAGAGGAGAAACGACGGGAAAACUGCGAGAAACACCGAGAAACACCAGGACAGAGCCGGAGACGGAACAGCGGCGUGUGUGUGAGCCACGGAGCUGCCGUUAAAACCAGAACUCACUCAUAACAUACACAUACACAGAGGGAUGGCUGUUCCGUAUGAGGGCCAGUCUUUCUCUGCACUGAGGAGAAAGUGCCGUCAGAAUGGACAACUGUUUGAAGACCCUCUGUUUCCUGCAUCCGAUCAGUCUUUGUUCUACCAGUCAAACACCAUUGGCCGAGUCACCUGGAAAAGGCCCAAGGAGUUAUGCAGCGACCCCCAUCUGUUUGUGGACGGCAUCAGCGCCCAUGACCUGCACCAAGGCCAGCUGGGAAACUGCUGGUUCGUAGCUGCCUGCUCCAGUCUGGCCUCUAGAGAGGCGCUAUGGCAGAAGGUGAUCCCUGACUGGAAAGACCAGGAGUGGGACGAAGAAAAACCAGAGUUGUACGCUGGGAUCUUCCACUUCCGUUUCUGGCGGUUUGGUGAGUGGGUGGACGUGGUGAUCGACGACCGGCUGCCCACCGCUAACGGACAGUUGGUGUACUGCCAUUCCAAGGACAGCAAUGAGUUCUGGAGUGCGCUGGUGGAGAAGGCGUAUGCCAAAAUGUGUGGAUGCUACGAGGGGCUGGAUGGGGGCAACACGGCCGACGCUCUUGUGGAUUUCACUGGGGGCGUGUCAGAGCCGAUGGACUUGAUAGAAAAUGGAUUCAAAGAAGAUGAAGAUAAACGGAAUGAGUUUUUUGAGAGAGUCCUGAAGGUCCACAACAGAGGAGGCCUCAUCAGCUGCUCGAUCCGGGCAACAACUGCAGCAGACAUGGAGGCCAGGCUGGCCUGUGGACUGGUGAAGGGUCACGCCUACGCUGUAACGGACGUCCGCAGGGUGAGACUCGGCCAUGGGCUGUUGGCCUAUUUCAGGUCAGACAAACUCACCAUGAUCCGCAUGAGGAACCCCUGGGGACAGAGAGAGUGGAACGGGCCCUGGAGCGACGGCUCUGAAGAGUGGAAUAAGGUCAGUAAGAGUGAGCGGGAGAGCAUUGGUGUCACUGUACAGGAUGAUGGAGAGUUCUGGAUGACCUUUGAUGAUUUCGUUGCUAACUUCACAGACAUCAUCCUGUGUCGUCUUAUUAACACCUCUUACCUGAGUUUCCAUAAAACCUGGGAAGAGGUUGUGAUGCGUGGCUCCUGGCGUCGCCAUGACGACCCGCUUCUGAACCGAGCCGGAGGGUGCACUAACAACAAGCACAGCUUCCUCCAAAACCCACAGUACGUGUUUGAUGUGAAGAAGCCAGAGGACGAGGCUUUGAUCUGUUUGCUGCAGGAGGACCGCAGAGCCAGACUGAGAGAGGGCAGAGGAGAAAACCUGGCCAUUGGCUUCGACAUACACAGAGUGGAGUUAAACAGGACGUACCGUAUGCAUGUCACUCAGCAGAAGGUCGGUGGGAGUGUCUUCAUCAACUCCAGGUCUGUGUUCUUACGCAUCGAACUGACAGAGGGGCGCUACGUUGUCAUACCUACAACCUUUGACCCCGGCCUGGAGGGAGAAUUCCUGCUCCGCAUCUUCACUGAUGUGUCUUCGGAUUGCAAAGAGCUGACUCAGCAUCAGCCUCCGCAGACCUGCUGGUCUGGCCUGUGUGGUUACCCCUCUCUGGUCACUCAGGUCCACGUGCUGCAGGCAAAUGGACUGGCAGGACAAGACUCAGAUGGAGUGUCAGACCCGUACGUGAUCAUUCGCUGCGAAGGAGAGAAAGUUUGCUCUGCAGUCCAUAAAAACACGCGCAGCCCCGUCUUCAACACCAAGGGGCUGUUCUACAGGAAGAAAGCCAACAAGUCAAUCAGCAUUGAGAUUUACAACCACAACGCGCUGAUGGACUCCUUCCUGGGUCAGGUGACAUUGCCAGCAGAGCAAGGUGAGUUCCAGCAAACGCUGCACCUGAGGGACAAGGGUGAUCGCCGCGACAACGAUCUCCCUGGUACUCUCACUGUUGCCAUAGUGACCAGCUCCGUGCUCAUCAACAUCUGAGGCAGUCCUCCAAACUUCCUCUGUCCUCUGUCGCAAACUUUCUUAAAUGACCACUUUACAACUCUCUCAGAACAGAGAGUUCACUCUUUUAUAGAAAGCUUCACAUCCUGCAGCGGGAAGUGAUGACAAAUACAAACCAAAUUAUUUUGUUUUUAGCUUCACGUCUUUAAAUGUGUGUUUACAAAAUGAGUUAUAACUCAUCAGUUAAUCUCUAUAACCUUAAUAAAUCAUGAAAGUGCUAAUGCCAUUUUUUAAGUGUAGUUCAGAAUCAUUGUUUACAGAUGUUUGGGAUCUGAUGUGAUGUCUUCCAGCAGCUACUCUGUGGAAUGUUUAUUGCUUCUGUUUUUAUUUACAUUUUUAAAUCCCAUAAAUGCCUUUUUUAUAUAUAUU